UACGGCGGCGGCGCCAGGACUGAUUGUAGUUCAGAAGGUGGCUACGAUUUUGGCAUGGCGGUGCCUGCGACAGCUAUGGGCCCCUCGGCGCUAGGCCAGAGCGGUCCGGGCUCCUUGGCCCCCUGGUGCUCAGUGAGCAGCGGCCCGUCGCGCUACGUGGUUGGAAUGCAGGAGUUGUUCCGAGGCCACAGUAAGACGCGCGAGUUUCCGGCACACAGUGCCAAAGUGCACUCGGUGGCCUGGAGCUGCGACGGCCGUCGCUUAGCUUCGGGAUCUUUUGACAAGACAGCCAGUGUCUUCUUGCUGGAGAAAGACCGGUUGGUCAAGGAAAACAAUUACCGGGGACAUGGGGAUAGUGUGGACCAGCUUUGUUGGCAUCCAAGUAAUCCUGAUCUCUUUGUCACGGCAUCUGGAGAUAAAACCAUUCGCAUCUGGGAUGUGAGGACCACAAAAUGUAUUGCCACUGUGAAUACUAAAGGGGAGAACAUUAAUAUCUGCUGGAGUCCUGAUGGGCAGACCAUUGCUGUAGGCAACAAGGAUGAUGUGGUGACCUUUAUUGAUGCCAAGACACAUCGUUCCAAAGCAGAAGAGCAAUUCAAGUUUGAGGUCAAUGAAAUUUCCUGGAACAAUGACAACAAUAUGUUCUUCCUGACCAAUGGCAAUGGUUGUAUCAAUAUUCUCAGCUACCCGGAACUGAAGCCAGUACAGUCCAUCAAUGCUCAUCCUUCUAACUGCAUCUGUAUCAAGUUUGACCCCAUGGGGAAAUACUUUGCUACAGGAAGUGCUGAUGCUUUGGUCAGUCUCUGGGAUGUGGAUGAGCUAGUGUGUGUGCGGUGCUUCUCCAGGCUGGAUUGGCCUGUGAGGACCCUCAGUUUUAGCCAUGACGGAAAAAUGCUGGCGUCAGCUUCGGAGGAUCAUUUUAUUGAUAUAGCUGAAGUAGAGACAGGAGACAAGCUAUGGGAGGUGCAGUGUGAAUCCCCAACCUUCACCGUGGCCUGGCACCCCAAAAGGCCUCUGCUAGCGUUUGCCUGUGAUGACAAAGAUGGCAAAUACGACAGCAGCCGGGAAGCUGGGACUGUGAAGUUAUUCGGGCUCCCUAAUGAUCCCUGAGGGGAGGGCCCGGCAGAGACCUUACUUGGUGUAGCUUGCCGGUUCUUUUGGACUUGGUGUGCACCCUAAGUGUUUGUAAAUUGGUAUAAAAACCUUUGUCAGGUUGCCCUUCCAGUUCCUUUUCUGGUUUCGGUGUUAGCUGUUUGUGUUUCUCCUCAGCACAUCAGUUAUGUGAUGUGCGCUCGGUAGGUUGUGCACUAGUGCUGGGUAGCUUGUCCCCUGGGGACGCUUUUCCUCUGAUUUAGAUCUGUGACAACCUUUGUUGUGCUUGGUGCCUCUUCAGCUAUUUGUAGUUGCAAGGAGGGUGGGAUAAAGAUGGGUUUUUGAUAAUUAAAAAAAAAUUUUUAUAUAUAACUUAGAGAACUUAGUAUUUAAUAAAACUGAGUUUUUUAUUAUGGUACUUAUAAGAAUUUUUAAGUUAUGAAUUAUUACAAGGAGAUAUUGCAGGUUUGUGUAUUUUUUGUUUUAAAUCUGAGAAUUUAAAUGUGAUAGUUCUGUUUAUAUCUUAAUAAAAAAACUAUUAAAGUGUAGGGGGAACACAUGCAGUGCAUGGGUUACAGCAAUCCUUAAAAGUCAUCAAUAGUUUAUUUAUUUUUUAUUGAAACAGGCUUGCUAUGUAGUUCAGGCUGGCCUUGAACUCACUACGUAGCCUAAGCUGCCCAUGAACUCAAUAAUCCUUCUGCCUCAGUCUCCCAUGUGCUGGGAUUAGAGGUGUGUACCACCAAACCCAGCUAAAAGUCAUUAGUUGUUUGUAUGAGUGUAGGUAUUCCUGGCCUCAUUCUGCACAGAUUUGUACACAGUAAAUUAUGACAAACACUGAGAAAAGUUACAGAGUAGAAUAAACACAAAAUCUGGGUAAGACAAAUGCAAAUAGAAUAGCAAAUUAAAACUAAGGAUCUGCUUGAAAGAUUUAACUGAAAUUUUGGCUUUGAACUUGCUGGUGGCAAAGUGAAGAAGGGCCUAAGUCAGCUAAUUUUUAGUACGAGAAAGAAAAACAUUUGCUCCUCAUGAGAAGCGCAGCUUUCUUAGUUCUUACCUCUAACAAAUGGAGGAGAGCUGUUGUUUGUGAAUGGUAUUUUGGUUUGAUUGUGUUUUAGUCUUCGUUGACAUAAAAAAGAAAAGAUAGAAAUAUAACCAAGUUAUUAGAAAAUUUGUGGAAAAUUUUGGAAAAAGUAAAUACAAAUUUUUUUCAUUUUUGUGAGACAGGGUCUCAUUUUGCAUUUCAGGCUGGCCUAGAGCUGACUUUGUAGUUUAGGCUGGUCUCAAAUUUGCAAUAGUCCUCCUGCUUCAGCCUCCCAGGUAUUGGGAUUACAGGCGUGCAUCAUCACACCCAGCUCAAAAGAGUUCUUAAUGCCAAGAGACAACCAUGAUGAGCACUUUGUAACCAUGAUUAGAAAUUUUUCCAUGAUCGUAUGUAUGUAUAAAAACAUUUACUGUCAUCAGAUCCUUGAAGGGUAGGUAGCUCAAGUAUGACAGGGUAAAUUAGGGAAGGUGGCCAGCACAUCGGUGUGCUCUGUUACACAUACUCAGGAAGUCUUAAGAGAAACUUUCAGCUACUGGUUUUUUGCUGCAUCUGAUGCUGUAAUGACCACAUUAUAUUGGUUUGAGCAGGAUGUUUUCACCAGUUCAACUUGAGGUCCUGCAUCAUGUGGUCGUAUUCAUGUCUAGGUUUGUUUGAAGGCCCAUAUCCCUUCUGUUUGCAGUGGGUGUCUGCAGCUAUUGCCCUUCCUAUUUCACAGACGAGGAAACCUUGGUUCUGAGAAGUCACCCACUGGCUAGGUUUGUAAGUGACCUGUUGAACUUGCUCUUAGACUUGGUAGUGUUUCCUCUGGCCCUCCAAAGGCUUCUGUUGCCUGCCUUCCCUGAAGGAUGAUGUUUACAGAUAUAUCCCAGCUUGUCACCUCAUUAUAUCAGAAGUUCAGUGUCAUUCAUGUCAGUGCAAAUAAAGUGACACAUUUUUCAGGCUUUUGCAAAGAUUUUUCAUACCUAUGUUUGCUGCUGUUUACAUAUUCUUUUUUUUUCUUCUUCUUUUUUGUCUUUUUGAGACAGGGUCUCACUAUGCAGUUCAGGCAGGCCUUGAACUCACUUUGUAGCCCAUGAUGGCCUUGAACUUGUAACGAUCCUCCUGUCUCAGCCUCCUGAGUGCUAGGAUUAUAAAUAUGAGCCACCAAGCCUGGCUAAAAGGUUAAAUAUGGGUUUUUUUUUUUGCACUGGGGAUCAAACGUAUAACCUUGCGCUUGCCAGGCAUGCAUUUAUGCUGUUGAGCUAAAUCCCUGGCCCUGUGUUUGUAUAUUCUAGGAAUUUGGUCUUGAUCUUAAUAUUUGAUUGCUUCUCUUCCUUUCUGUCUAUAGAAUUUUUCUUCUCUGAGUUUAAGUAGUGGUCUGUACCAUCUAUGCUUUAAACAGAGUUUUGUUUUUUUUUUUUUUUUUUUGCUUUUUAACUAGUAGACGCUUGUAGCAACAGGAUAGUACCUGUGAGGAAAGAGCUCCAGCUUGUGCAGCCAUUUCACACCAGCAGCAUGUUGUGGAUCCCAUCUGUGGGCCUUGGCUGUGGACUCCUGGAGACCUUCAAGGUCCAAAGUCAGAUCCAUCCUAGGGAAAUGACAUGCAUCUCAGGUCUUGCACCCUCCCCCUGUGAUCUGAGUGAGCUUUUAGUUUUGCAGAGCUGGAACAUGCCAUUUGGCGCUACAUCUGGCCAUCUGUUAAUAUUUCAGUCUAGAUACUGUGCAGCUGCUAUUUCAUACACUAGACAUCCGAAAAGUGGUGAGGUCAGCUAAGAGCUAGACUUUUAUUUGGCAGGGAAAUUAUUUGGCUGGGAUUAGCUGUACCAAUGACCUAUUGCUAUGUUGACUGGAAUUUCUAGUCAGGCUAAGAAAUGGGAAAUUUAUAGUCUAUUUUGCCAAGAUCCUUGCAAUUCUGUGGCAUCAGAUCUGGGGCAGGAUGAGCCAUGCCAGAUAUUGAGCUUGUGCAAGGGAUGUGUGUGCUUGGCUGGUGGUUCCAUCCUAACCUGUGUGGGUAUAAGAUUUAACAGCUAGGGACCUAGUAGACCAGGGUCUUGGGAAGGCUGGAGCAGGAAGUCCUGGUGAGAUGCAGGUGAAUCUAAGUAAUAGGUGAAACAAAAUGCUGGCUAAGCUCUUCUCACAGGAGACUGCAGAAUAGGGUACCAGAGAAGAAGCAGGAAGAGGGUAUCCUAGGGAGGUCACAGAGGGGUGGCUGUGUGCAUGAAGAGUUGAUUGGAAUGUGAUGUGUGGGUGGGUUUAGCUUAAGGUAGUAGGUGUGCUCUUGAGCCCUUUCUUGUUUCAAAGAUGCAUUCUAUUUCCUAAGGCUUGUAGUCACAAAAGGGAUUGUGAAGUGUACUCUUUGGAAGGAAGAAAAAAAGCACAUAGACAAUUAAAAGGUGAGACCUAUCCUCAGUCAAAGAGUAGAGAUUGCUCAUACAGAGUGCACUGCAAACUGAGGAAUACUCUAUAUGUAGGUAAGACGUUGCCUUCUUUUCUUUCUCUGACACUGUAGUGCAGUGGAAAUAACUGGAUUGGAAUCCUGGCUCUAGCAGUGAUUGAGUUGAACGUACUUUUUUCAUCCAUAAAGUGUGAGGAUAUUAAUCUCCUUGUCAGUGGGUUAUUGGAAAAAUGAGAUGAGAGGAAGUAUUUGUAAAGUAUCUAGUAUAGCACCUGGCACACGGGUGAGGGCAGUUUUGAUAAAUCCGUUCUUCUCUGAGGGAGAGCAGCUCUUAAUGAGAAUACAGUGGCUGGUGGCUGAGACCUGUCAGUCCCUCAGCUUGCUUGGCUCCCCAUGCCAUCUUAGUCAUCUCUGGGGUGGGUGCUGUGGAGGAGGAGACUUACCCAUCACACCUGGGCGUGAUGGGAGGUACAGAGGAGAAAUAUUAGAUCUGCUCUCCGCUUGAAGUCUGCGGGCUCAUGAUGGAUGUGUGUGUAUGUGAACAGAUAGACUGUCUCAGGGCUACACACCGGUGGCUGAAAAAUUAGGAGCAGACUAACGCUCGUUUAGCUGAGGCCACUAAGAAAGGACACGGUGGGUUCAGUGCAAGUCUUGAAUACAAUGUGUGUGAAUACAGAGUAGAGGACAUGUGUAAAGGGGCUUCUGCUCAAGCUAAGACACCAGUGCCCUGGGACACUGAGAAGUGUGAGGCUAUGGCUGGCAGCAUGGCCAUGUGACUGGGAAGAAAUGGGUAGAUUUGGAAUCAAAACUCCACUGUCAGAGAAAAUUUGACCAAAUUACUUUACUUCCAUGAUAAUUGCUUUUUUAAAAAAUUUUAUUGUGUUGGGAAUUGGACCCAGGAUCUCACACAUGCUUGACAAGUACUCUGCCACUGAAUUACACCUCCUUCCCCAAGUUUUGCUUAUCUUAAAAUGUGCAUAAUAAUAUUGUGACUUAUGAUUAAGUUAGUUGACACAUAAAAUGCUUGGCACAUUAUUAACAUUCAGUUAAUAGCUAUUUUUGUCAUGUAGAUAUAGUACCCUAUGUGUGUGCUGUUUAUAAAGAGCUUUCAGUGUCCUGUCACUUUUUGUGCAAAAGUAGAGGUGUAUAAACAAUAGAAUUUCAUAAACAAUGCGAGGUGAGUUGGAAUUUGAAUAAAGUGAGUAUUUUUGGUUUUUUUGAGACAAGGUCUUACUGUGUGGUCCAGGCUGACAUUGAACUGUCUAUGUAGACCAGGCUGGCCUUGAACUUUGGUGAUCCUUCUGCUUCAGCCUCCUAAGUACUAGGAUUACAGGCAUGUGCCACUGUGUCCCACAAGAAAAUGAAUGCUUAACAUCUAUUAUUUAAUGACUCUUACGGUUCAAAUGUAAAAUGGCCCUCAGUUAUCUCAGGAAUUCAGAGACAGGGCUUUUGGAAGGUGUUGGAUCUUGGUACUAUAUUCAUCAAUUCAUUGGAUUCAUACCUGAGUGUGCCUGUUGGAAGAGGUGUGUUGCUGUGGGCAUGAUCUUGUCAUCAUCUUCCUUUUCUCUCUUGCUUCCUAGCUCCUGUGGGAUGUGCAGUGGUCUUCUGCUAUGCCCUUCCACUAUGCCAUUUCUGCCUUGGAACUAGCCAACUGUGAACUGAAUCUACUGGAAUCUAAUAAACCUCUUUUUUUACUUGUAGGUGUCAGAUAUUUUGUCACAGGGAUAGGAGUGUGACUAAUGUAGUUUGCAUUCAUAAAGACCUUCUUAAACUUAGGAAUUAUAUAUUAAAAACUUUGUAAAGAGUACAAAUUUACUAACAUUUUAUGUUUGAAAUUGUUGCCAACAUAGUAAAAAAUUAUUGAGUUUUCUUA